AUGUCAGAUUACGAUUUGAUUGUUGAAAUCUUUGAAAGACUACCACCCAAAUCCCUUCUCCGAUUUACAUCUCUUUCGAAAUCAUGGUUUUCUCAUAUUGUUUGCCCCAAUUUUAUCAGCAACCAUGCUCUCCGCGCUGCUAAAAACCCUCAAAAACUCCUCAUCAGACACUUGACUUAUUUCAAUAAGCAUGUGCAAAACUUCUAUACGUUACAUUCUGAAGACCGAUUGCCAUUGACUAGCAGAGAUGGAUACAUAGGAAUAACACCACUCGACUUUCCCGGCUACAAUUUCCAUAUUGUUGGUUCAUGUAACGGAAUUAUCUGUCUGUAUGAUCAUGAAAUCCAUAAAAUUACUUUAUGGAAUCCUUCAAUUCGGCGCAAACUAACCCUGCCUCAUCAUCAUUCUUUGAGGGACUUUUCUUCUAAUGGCCCUCAAGUAGCAAUCGGGUUUGCUUUCGACUUGGCCACUUUUGAUUACAAGAUUGUGAAGAUAUCCUACACAACAUAUGGUAGAGAUGCCCCAGAAUCAUCGAUUUACACCAUAAACACAGGCGUUUGGCGUGUCAUUGCUUUCCCUACCACUCCGCUUAACAAUGUCUCACUUGCGUGUUUUGUCAAUGGAGCAUUGUACUGGUUGGUAGCGGAACCAGGUAGCAUAAUGUCAUUCGAUUUGUCAACUGAGGUUUUCGGCACGAUUCCCUUGCCUGAGCCAAGUUGGGAAGUCACACAGCUAACAAUCAUCAAAGGUUAUCUAGCUGUGGUUACAAAUGAAGGUAGCGAUAGUUGGAUUUGGUUGCGGAGAGAGUACAAUAAUGUCGCAUCUUGGUCUCGUGAUUUGAAAUUGAAUACAGGUCCAUACGAAGGAAGAAUAAGCCGGGUUUUGCAACCGACGACCGAUGGUGAUUUAGUGUUGACCACUCAGUCUGAGGGCUAUAUAGUUUAUGAUCCUGUGAAAGGGGUCCGAUCAAGACUUGCGAGUGUCAAAGGUCUUUCCAUCAUAGUUGACAUUGUAAAGUACAAGGAAAAUCUUGUAUUGUUGAACAGAGGCACGGGUUGCAAUGGUGACCAACCAUGUAGAAACCAAAGCUAA